UUCAGUAUAGUCAGUGAUUAGUUGUACUUGGCAGAUGUUGAUGAGUGAGGACGGGAUGCUUCAUUUGCGUCUGGUCGCUGAGGGGUUAACUGUCGCUCGGUGUAGGAAGUGGGUGGUUGGAGCUGAGGAUGAGGAGCGAAGCCUGUGCAGCCGCCACAGAUCAUUUUCCACGAAGAAAUAGCGGCAUUACACCAGAGGAGGAGAGAGUGAGAGCACACCGUGUGACUGAGAGGAAGAGCGAGAGAGAGAAGAGAGAAAACCGAGGAUUGUGUUUUACCUGAGGACGAAAACGUGAACCUGGGAUGAGAGCGUUUCAUCAGAGGGACGAAUUCACAGUCGCUGCUCCCAAUUCUCACUGAUUUGCCCCCUUUUUUUAUUAUUAUCUAAAUGCACAGAUGCCGUGACAGUGUGUGUGCGGGGCGCUGUUUAGAACCAGGAUGUGCAGUUUGAUGAUGGACAGCGUGUAUUCAGUGAAUCUACACUGGUGUCCUCUCGUCACACACACACACGCACACUGAUGUGGGUGCUUGUGUGUAGUGUUUGAAUAAUUGUGACUAUUGGAAAGACUAAUGUUUGCAGGAUGACUGUAGGACGCUGCUGCUGCUGCUGCUGCUGAGAUCGAGACACUUAUUAAGUGAUGGAUUUUGUUUUGAACUGUGUGUCGCGCCGGCUGUGAAGGUGCUAAAGAUGUGCGUAAAGUUGUUUGGCUCGUGUGGUUAUCUCGGGUGUGACAGUCGGAGCUGUUUCAUCUCCAUCUCUCAGCUGUUGGAGUCGAGCGCAUGCAGAUCACGCUGAUCUCACCAGUUAUUCAGCACUUCCCACCACCAGUCUCUGUUUGUCAGCCACAUUCUUUUAGUACUUUUGGCACAUUUUCACGUUGUAGUUUUUACGCACGGGAACAUAGCGCUUAGGCCACUUAUCGGUAUUCCGUCGAUACGUGAUGUUUAUUAAAUUAGUCAACACUACUCCAGAGAAAUCCGGCUGCGUGAUAAAUUGUUGAGCCGUGCCGGCCCGGCUCAUUGGUAGUCACGCGAGAGUGGAGAUACCUCCUACGUUACGUCACCUGGAAAACACGGGAGCCACGAGGCAGGUGUGAACCCGGACACGCGCCAUGGAUGAUUCCGGGAUCAUCCGAAGACGGAGGCUGCAGAAGGAUCUUCCUCUGCCCCGAAAAAGCAGCGGUUGCAGAACUAGUAACCGGAAGAGCCUCAUCCUGACCAGCACGUCCCCCACCCUGCCACGGCCACACUCUCCACUCCCUGGACACAUAGGAAGCAGCCCCUUGGACAGCCCACGCAACUUCUCACCAAGCGGACCUGCCCACUUUUCCUUCGCCUCUUCUCGAAGGCCUGAUGGACGUAGAUGGUCCUUGGCCUCUCUGCCUUCCUCAGGAUAUGGCACCAAUACACCCAGUUCAACGUCAUCCAGCUCGUCCCAGGAGCGUCUGCACCAACUGCCCUUCCAGCCCACCAUGGACGAGUUGCACUUCCUGUCCAAGCACUUUGGCAGCACAGAGAGCAUCACGGACGACGACGGGGGCCGACGCUCACCGCAUGUCCGGCCUCGCUCUCGGAGUCUCAGCCCGGGGCGCUCUCCAUCCUGCUAUGACAAUGAAAUUGUGAUGAUGAACCAUGUCUACAAGGAGCGCUUCCCUAAGGCCACAGCUCAGAUGGAGGAGAGGCUGGCAGAGUUCAUCCACAUCUACUCCCCAGAAAGUGAUCUGCCACUGGCUGACGGGGUCCUCAGUUUCAUCCAUCACCAGAUAGCUGAGCUGUCCAGAGACUGCCUGGCCAAAUCACGUGAGGGCCUUAUUACCAGCAUCUACUUCUGCGAACUGCAGGAGAACCUAGAGAAGCUGCUUCAUGAUGCCUAUGAGCGCUCAGAGAGUUCCGAACUCACCUUCGUCAUUGAGCUGGUCAAAAAGCUCCUCAUCAUCAUAUCUCGUCCCGCCAGGCUCCUCGAGUGUUUGGAGUUCAACCCGGAGGAGUUUUACCAUUUGCUGGAAGCAGCGGAGGAUCACGCCAAGGAGGGACAACUGAUGAAGGCAGACAUCCCUCGGUACAUCAUCAGCCAGUUGGGGCUAACCAGGGACCCCUUGGAAGAAAUUGUGAGUCUUGACAACUAUGACAGCGAGGGUCCACAUACCCCAGAGACUGAUGACUCAGCGGAGGGAAAGGGGAGAGCCCUCAAUCCGUGUGAAGAAGAUUUUCAGACCAUCAAACUAAUCAGCAAUGGAGCGUAUGGUGCUGUCUACCUGGUGCGGCACAGGGAGACACGUCAGCGCUUUGCCAUGAAAAAGAUUAACAAGCAGAAUACGAUUCUGAGGAACCAGAUACAGCAGGCGUUUGUAGAGAGGGACAUCCUCACCUUUGCAGAGAACCCCUUUGUCGUCUCUAUGUUCUGCUCCUUUGAAACACGGCGACACCUCUGCAUGGUCAUGGAAUAUGUUGAGGGUGGUGACUGUGCCACUUUGUUGAAGAACAUCGGAGCUCUGCCUGUGGAGCUGGCGAGGAUGUACUUUGCUGAGACUGUUUUAGCCCUCGAGUACCUGCACAACUAUGGUAUUGUCCACAGAGACCUCAAACCUGACAAUCUCCUGAUCACCUCCAUGGGCCACAUCAAGCUCACAGACUUUGGCUUGUCGAAGAUCGGCCUCAUGAGUCUAACCACUAACCUAUAUGAGGGGCACAUUGAAAAAGAUGCCAGAGAGUUCCUGGACAAGCAGGUAUGCGGUACUCCAGAGUACAUUGCGCCUGAGGUGAUUCUCCGUCAGGGCUAUGGAAAACCAGUGGACUGGUGGGCCAUGGGCAUCAUCCUCUAUGAGUUCCUGCUGGGCUGUGUGCCUUUCUUUGGAGACACUCCCGAGGAGCUGUUUGGACAGGUUAUAACAGACAAUGUAGUUUGGCCAGAAGGUGAUGACGCCCUGCCUGCAGACGCCCAGGCUCUCAUAUCUGCUCUGCUGCAGACAAACCCUCUUGUGAGGUUGGGCACAGGUGGAGCAUUUGAGGUGAAGCAGCACCCAUUCUUCACUGAGCUGGACUGGAACAGUUUGCUGAGACAGAAGGCGGAAUUCAUCCCUCAUCUGGAGUCAGAGGAGGACACCAGCUACUUUGACACCCGUUCGGAUCGUUAUCACCACAUCAAUACAUACGACGAGGAUGACACCAAUGACGACGAGCCGGUGGAGAUCAGACAGUUUUCCUCCUGUUCUCCUCGCUUCAGCAAGGUUUACAGCAGCAUGGAGCAUCUGUCUCAGCUGGAGCAGAAAGCUACGACCUCGGUGCCCCGUCGGGAGCACAAGGGCCCACGGGAUGACAAGGUGACCAAGAGAGAGAGCCUGGGCAGCUUCAGCAUGAGGGACAAGGGCUGGAGGACUGGAUCACCUGAGAUGAAACGCCUGUCCUACUCAGAGUCCCUCUGCAUGGAGGGCGAUUCGAGCCCUCCCCUUGGUGCUCGGCGACGCUUCUCAGCACUGAUGGAUACACAUCGCUUUGCCUCACCCCUAGAGGGUGAGUCAGACUUCCUGUCACGUCAGGCCCCCAUCAAGGUCCGCGGAACCUCGCUGGACGGGACCAGUGUCCCAACACCGGGUCUCCUGGAACAGAAGGCCAGUCUGAAAGAGAUAAAUGGAGCAGACAAGCCCCCCAGGCCUGGAGAGACACCAGGCAUUAGCACGGCAGUCCCCACAUCAUCCUCAGGUCCUGUAGUAACCGGCCGUGAUGUGAUGACCCCUCUGUAUGACCCACUGGGGCCGCGGGCCACCAAUGACCUGGUGCUCCGCAGGGCACGCCACCAACAAAUGUCUGGUGAAGGAGAGAAACGCAACUCCAGAGGUGGCAACAAGGUCAUAAAGUCAGCCUCUGCAACGGCCCUGUCUGUCAUUAUACCGUCAGUGGAGCAGCAUGGUGGCUUCUCUCCGCUGGCCAGCCCCAUGUCUCCUCACUCUUUUUCAUCCAACCCUUCGUCUCGUGACUCGUCACCAAACAGAGACUUCUGCCCGGCAGUCAGCGUGCUGCGCCCCCCCAUCACUAUCCAUCGCUCUGGAAAGAAGUAUGGUUUCACCCUUAGGGCCAUCAGGGUCUACAUUGGAGACAGUGACAUCUACAGCGUGCAUCAUAUUGUUUGGCAUGUGGAAGAUGGCGGUCCUGCCCAGGAAGCUGGUCUUUGUGCUGGUGACCUCAUCACUCAUGUUAAUGGAGAGCCUGUCCAUGGUCUGGUUCACACUGAAGUGGUGGAGCUUAUCCUCAAGAGUGGUAACAAGGUGACAGUGACAACUACACCUUUCGAGAACACCUCCAUUAAAGUGGGACCUGCAAGGAAGGCCAGUUACAAGUGCAAGAUGGCUCGACGAAACAAAAGGACCAUGGCCAAAGACAGCCAGGACAGUAAGAAGCGUAGCUCCUUGUUCCGUAAGAUCACAAAACAGUCCAACCUGUUACACACCAGCCGCAGCCUGUCCUCUUUGAAUCGCUCUCUGUCCUCCAGUGAGAGUCUUCCUUGCUCCCCAACUCACAGUCUGUCUGCAAGGUCUCCCACUCAGGGCUACCGCUCCACCCCUGAGCCGUCAUACUUGGGUGCUUCCUCCCAGAACAGCUCUCCAGCCUCCAGCACUCCAAACUCCCCUGCUCCCUCACAGCACAUGAGGCCCAGCUCCCUGCAUGGCCUCUCACCUAAACUCCACCGACAGUACCGCUCUGCCCGUUGUAAAUCAGCUGGUAAUAUCCCUCUGUCCCCGCUUGCUCACACACCUUCCCCUACCCAGGCUUCUCCACCACCUUUACCAGGUCACACCAUAGGAAGCUCCAACACCACCCAGUCUUUCCCUGUCAAGCUCCACUCCUCGCCACCGGUGGUGCGUCCCAGACCCAAGAGUGCAGAGCCUCCUCGUUCACCGCUUCUCAAACGGGUACAGUCAGCAGAAAAGCUGGGCUCACCUUUGAGCCAACCCAGCUCUACAGGAGGACUGGGUGGUCCACUGAGGAAACACAGCCUGGAGGUGCAGCACUCUGAGUACCGCAAGGAUGCUUUCCUCUGUGAACUCGGGCUCCAGAGUCUGUUAGAGACAGAAGGGGAAAAUUUGCCUCCUCGUCCUCCGCCCCUGCCCUCAUCCUUGACGACACCAGAGACAGGUGUGCUGAAGCCUGUGAGGAGACUUGGGAGGCAGGAAUCCCCACUUAGCAGAGAAACACUGUUGGCAGGGAGGGAGAGGGAAGAGAGGGAAAGAGGAAGGGAGAGGGAGAGAGAGAGAGAGACAGAGACUGGGUCAAGUCGAGUUGUUGCAACAGCACCCCAGUCGUCAUUAACAAGAAAACCUCAUACAAGUGAGCUGCCCUUGAACUCUCAAAGCUCCAGACUUGGAGUCGAAACCACUACUAGCACCCCUACCAAAAUAAAAGCAGGUCUAAGUGCACAGAAAGCACCUGAAAAAAUCCAUCAGGGUCAGGUAGACUUUAGUCAAAAGCAAUUGGACCCAAAGGCUAGUAAAAGUCUAUCUUAUAGUAAAAAUCCCCAGGAGCAGCAGCUAGGAGCUACAAGUGGACCAAAGCAGGAUGGAAGCAACAAGAGUGUUCACACUAGGCCGGGUUUACUUGGUGCUGCCUUCACUAAGAGCUCUUCUUCCUCUCCAGAUAAAUCCAUGGGCAUCAACUUGACAAUGACAGCAGGUCCUCCGAGUAUAAACAAAACCUUUAAACCAAGUAUGGGGGACAGUCUGAGGAAGGCUGGAGCUGAGAGCAGUGACUCAAGGACUCCAGACCUUGGCUCCAAAAGCCCCAAGCUUCCAGCUCGGAUCCUCGCUCCUGUUGUUCCCUCACAUGGGCAGUCGCUCUCUCUGGGUAAGGUGAGGCAGGGACUAGGAGGAGUCAACUGCUACAGGGGAACCCUUGAUUGGGAUGACAAAUGUCGCCUGGAGGUGGUAGAAGAGCAUUCACCUUCCCCCUCUCCCUCACCUACUGCUGUCGCCCCCUCGCUCUGUGGCCCUUCCCUCUGUAAGUCGCGUCCUGCCUCCCCUGGCGACAAGACAAGCUUCGUCAGCCAGCUGACCACUGUGGCCAAAAAUGUCCUCGGGCCAAUCAAGCUUGGCUCCCUGGAGGGGGUCAAGUUCAAAGACCAGCAGACUAAGGCAGCAGAGGAAAAGCAAGGAGGAACUGCUGGGAAGUCCGACACUCCCACUGGAGGUCGAGUGGUUGCAGGAGCUGCAGUGGUCACCCAAAGCCCUGCUGGAUCCCCACUAGAAAAGGCUGCAACAGGCAACAGCCCACCGAAAAUGUGACCUCAUGGUCUCUCACACACAAAAAAAGAUGCCUUUUUUUUAACAAUGCGACAGAAGUGAAGCACUUAAAAACACUGUACAUUCCAAUUUUAGAUUAUAUAAAAUGUAAUUUAUUGAUUCUAAUCAUUGACUGAUUCCAGGAGUAAACCAGGAGUAAAAAACAUCUGUAAAUGUGCAUUAACUAUUGCUUUUCUAUAAUAAAUUAUUUAAUAAGACUCUUAAUGUAAUGUGGAACACUUUAUCCGAUGUACAUGUGUGUGGGUCUCAGUGAAUGCAUGUCGUAUGGUAUGUACUGUACAUGUUUCAUAGGUACAAGAGGUCAAAAAGUGCUUUACUGAUCAAAACAUGCUGAAUACUGUGAAUACCAAAUCCUGUCACUCUGUUUUGUCUGUCAACCAGCUCUUCUACUGCUUAUACAAGGCAAUGGAACAGGGUGGGGGAACUGAGGCACAGUCAAAUGAUGUUGUUAUCAAACGACACGAAUGACACGCAGCGUGAGUGGUUACGGCACGAAAGCAACAAGAUGAUUAAGCUAAUUUCUCCAUCAUCCAGCAGUUUGCUUUCUCUGAGUUGCACUCUGACAUUCUGUUAGCGGUUGUCACAUCAAGAAGCACUGUCUACUUCUCAGUCAGGGGAUUGUGUAGUGUGUGUGCACGCGCGUUGGUGUGUGUGUAUGUGAAGCGACAUUGGGUCUAUUCCUGGUGGUUCUCGGAGGCUGUAUCCUGCUGCACAAGAAAGCAGGCUUGACAGAGCCCAGGCUCAGCGCUUAUCUCUCUUGUGCAGGAGAGCUGCCACAGCUCUUUUCUCCCUCUGCUUCUGACUAUCAGGCCGACUGGCCACACAAACACAUACACAGGUGCACAAACGCAUCCACACAUCACCAGCCAAGAGGCAGCAACGUCAGCAGCUGAUUUUCAUGCAUUUAAAUCCAUUCCCUUGAGCUCUACAAACUGGGACGCGCGAAUGUGUUAGAGAGCGAGCGAGCUGAGAGGUGUGUGUGAACAUAUAUGUCUUUUCUGGGGAUAAUAUAACUCGGCACGGUUGACUCGCCAAGGGUCAUGACCAAAACUGUGUUGGACAUAAAUGGGAAGCAAUUAGGAUUCCAGUAACAGUCUCAGGAUUUUUAACAAAUCCUACUGGCAAAGGGAAGAUUUGUUGUCAUAACGCAUCACAUAAAAGGCUUUAGAAAAUAUUGUAAGCACAUAUACACUGAACCCAUACAAGAACAGGAGAAGCAGGCAGUCAUGGAUGUAGCAUACCGUAAUAUAUUUGUUAAAGGGCUCUAUAGCUGAGAUAGGGUUUGUGGAUGUGGUGUAUCACAAAGCACCCGUUAUUGUACAGACAAGGUCAUCUUCAGUAUAUUCAGAAUGACUGUUAGCUAGGUAAUCAAGUUGUUUUUUAUUAAUGUAUUGGUCAUUUCUUUUGGUAUAUGACAUAAUGAUAAUUGUGUUUGAAUCACUUUCAGCUGUAGCAGGGGUUAAACGGAUACAAAUCUUCACAGGAUAUUAAACUUCUCCUGUUGGACUCAUUCAUCUCUAUAUAGCUCAUGUCUCAGUAGCUAUCCACUGUACAUAAUCUUAUGCAACUCAUUUGCAGCUGUGUGGCAGGACUGCUGUCCCCGCACAGCUUUGAUGUGCUUUUUGAAUUUCACUCUCUUGUCUCUGAUUUCAUUGAAUUUAUUUGGAUUCUUCCUGGCUCUACCAACGUAAACUGAUCCAUCCAGCAAUGACACGCAUAAACAGGCUCAACUUGUUGGGUAUCCACUUUUUACUCUCAUCUGUUUUUGGACUGGGUCAUUUGUGCUCAGUUUAAGCUGGAAGCUCUUGCUCAGUGUUACUGGCAGCGAUGUCUUGGUUUUAUUCGUCUGAAAAAUGUUAAAAAUGAAUUGAAUAUGGCUAUAGGCAGUUUCGGCAUUUUUACAUCAAGUCAUUAAUGUGAACACCUUAGCUCAAUGUGUUUUUGAUGCAAUAUGAACAAACUUGAAUCCAUUUAUAUCCAUGAAUCUAAUUCUAUCUACUAUUGUUUCAUGAUGUACUACUAAUUUUACACAACACAAAGUCAAAUGUCCCAUGCAGUACAUAAAUUAGCCAGUGAGUUUUCUUUUAAUUUGGCGUGGUACUCUGCUGCCAUCCAGUGGAUUACAAUGUUCACUGUUCAUGAGUUUUUCCUGUAAUGAAGCCGUGACCAUAGGUUUACUGAAGAUCGGUUGUUAUUAGCCAUAUGAGGUUACUGAAUAUGCAUUAAUGUAUCAGAGUAUUUGCAGUAAUUAUCAGAAAACACUUGAAACAUGAAUUUGCUCAUUUUUGUUGUUGUGUUUUUCAUGUGCCUGUUAACUAUAUCUUCUGGAAUAGGGAUUUACAUUUUUCAAUAUGCUGUCUUAUAUAUUCUACUGAUAGGAAGGAGUUCUUUUAUAACUGGAUGUAACAAAUGUGUCAUCUGGUCAGCUCUGAUGACCUGAUGAACAAAACUUAACUGUAAUGUACUCUUAUACAGCUAUUACCCACUUUCAGGCCUUCUCCCAGUCAAUGGUGUCUAUACUAGUGUUUUAUGUUUGAUAAUUUAUUUAAUGUAUUUGACAGAGAGAGUUGUGUAAAUGCACUUUAUUCAAUUAAAAAAACCUUAAUUUGCUGAUAUUGGUUGUAAGUUACUUUGAAUGAGUAAAUAUAUUGUAUAGAAAUAGAAAAUACUGAUGUUACAAAUGAACACAAACGUCCAAGUAUAAAAACAUUCCACGUUUCUCUGUUCACUGAAAAAGGUUUUUUUUGUGUGUGUGUGAUAGAUGUGAUUCCAAUGCAGACACCUGAAGUGCAGUAUGUGGAAUAAAAUUCUGACAUUUGUUCCAAAA